AUGCUUGCUGUUUUAGAUGUGGCAAAGCACGUAUUUUGGAAUGACACUGCGUUUAAUAGAAAACUGCUUCCCUCGGAAGCUGAGCUGGAGAAAUGCAGCUACACGAUUACUGACCUGGCGACCAUGACCGGGAAGGAGCGGAUUUCUGUCUUCAAACAGUGCGGGAUUGACCCUUCUCUCUUUCCUCUUUUUCUGAGGUCACUUCAGCACAUCACUGCUCUUCAUGGAGCGGGUAAAAUUGACGGCAGUUACAUGAUUCAUCGGCAUCUGAGUGCACACCAGUGGAGUCCCUUCUCCGCUAACACUCCCCUUCUAGGCUACGCGAACGUGAAUAGCUCAUCGUACCGCGAGCAGUGCUCAUCUGUAGCAAAGGAGACAAAUAAGGAUGAUGUAGGUGACUUGGAAAGAGGCCUAGGCUGUUAUUCCCGUUACAAUGGUCUGCUCAAUCAGGGCGCAACCUGCUACCUCAACUCGCUUCUCCAGGCUCUCUUUCAUAUAACAGCGUUUCGGGCUAUUAUCUAUCACAUGCCGACUAAAGAUGAAGCGGAGCAACACGCCAGCGUGGAAUCGACAGUGCCCAAAAGCAUUCCAUAUGCCCUGCAACGACUUUUUUGCCACUUGCAGAUGUCGUCGCGCGCUGUCGGCACACACGAACUAACUGAGUCAUUUGGGUGGGGAGCAGCCGAUAGCUUUAUUCAACAUGACGUGCAUGAACUAACGCGCGUUCUUCUCGAUAAUUUGGAGGAGAAGCUGACUGCUCAACAAACUGAAACCGGAAAUUCGACGCCAAAGGAAAAUGCGAUUCAUCGCCUCUUCACAGGCUCCUUGGAAAGCUACGUCAAAGUCGAAGAGGUGAACUACUACGGAUCCCGUGAAGAGCCGUUUUAUGAUCUCCAGCUUGUUGUGAAGAACAAGAUGAACAUAUACUCGAGCUUCGACGCUUUUUUCCAGGUCGAGGUGCUGGAUGGAAAAAACAAGUACUGCCUAGAAUGUAAUGGGAAAAAGUCGUAUCAUCGUGCAGAAAAGGGCGUCCGGCUCAAGAAGAUCCCUCCCAUUCUCCUUCUGCACCUGGCACGCUUUGACUAUGACAUUCACCAGGGUGAGACCAAGGUGCUGACGCGCUGGGACUACUACAACACUCUGGAUCUGUCGUGUUACAUGCCGGAGUCGCCGGCGACGGAUACGCACUACACCUUGUGCAGCGUACUGGUGCACUCCGGGUCAAACACUGGUUUUGGCCACUAUUUUUGCUUCCUUCUAUGCUCUGGUGCUUGGUACAAGUUCAACGAUGAGGUAGUCACCCCAGCAAAACUGAAGGAGGUGUUUGGUGACAACUUUGGUGGCUUCAAGCUCAACUACUGGGGUUCUGAGAUCCCAAACACCGCCAACGCGUACAUGCUCGUGUACAUCCGCACAAGCCAACUCAGCUCCAUUUUAUGCCCGAUUGGCAGCGAUGACGUCCCACAACAUGUGGUACAGCAGCUGGAAAGAGAGCGUGUUGCGCAAGAGCGUCGCGUCAAAGAGCAAGCUGAAGACUACCUCUACGGGCGAGUGCAUUUCAUACUGCCGAGCGAUAUCGUCGACCAGGAAGAGUACCUUAUGUCGCGUCGACCAGUGACGCAGAGGCUCCCCUCUCACAAAACUCUGCGCAUUUUGCUCGACGACGAAGCGUUGCCUGCUUUUCAGAACUUUGUGACUCAGCAGUUUGGUGUCAACGCCGAGCAGCAGUUGCUGUGGUUUGCCUCAUCGCGUACAGGUGGGUCAGAAAUUCGGCUUUCUAGGCAAGUCAGGGCAAACAUGAAGGUGCGACAGCUCUUGCAAAGUGCAAAGGAGUGCUGCGUGCUCGUCACAACUCCAACAACUGCCCCAGUAAUCGAGCUCGAUCAGGGCUGCACGUACCGCGAGUACGAGGUGUUUCACCACAAGCUGUACGACCCGCUGCAACUCAAAGUGUUUUUUCUAGGGUGCACCGUGCUGCACCGCGAUCCGAGCGGGAACAUAAAGCAGGCCUGCGAAAGCAUGGAGUUACAUGUGCGCGCCCUUAUUGCUGACCUGCCAAACCUGACAAAGCAACUGCACGGCCAUCAUCUGAAGAAGCCGCCGGAGGCAAAGCAGACACUACCGUCGAAGCCAUGGAGUGCCGGCUCGCUCGAGACCUACAGGUCACACCAGGAUCUAGUCUCGAGGGAGGAGGCGGAGGCGGUCGUUGUGAGGCGUGGUAUGCCGCAGGAAGCGUUGGGGGCAGUGCGGGAAACCGAAACGCACGAAUUUUUGCCGUGCAACGAGCUUUACUCGGGUGACAUUCUGAUCUGGAAACUCGACACACCUAACGAGGAUCCAGCGAACGUUUUCUACCCCAACAUCCAGAGCUUUCAGCACUUCCUCCAGCACCGAAUCCCGGUGGAGCUGAAGCUCAACCGCAACCCAGAUUACCCUCUACUAAUUGCAACCGAGCUUGCAGAGGACAUGACGUACGAGCAGCUCCAGCGGUACACUGCACGGCUCAUCGGCGACAUUGAGAACUACGACCGCAUUCGCUUUACUCGCCACAACCCGGAAACGGAGCUGCCGUACUUCAUGAAGGGUAAGAAACACGAUCGUGCAACUUUGGCGAGACUGUUGAUGCCUGCUAGUUCGCGGGUUCCCGCCCUGUCCAAGUACCUCUACUACGAGUACUGCAAGUACACCGUCACCGAAAUUGAGAAUGCACACUCGCUGCAAUUCAAGCUGUACGGCGACAACGUCAAAGUAGUGUCGGCGCACUGGAUUCUGCUGCCGCAUGAUCUUCCCAUCACGGCGGAACUGCUCUUUCCCGCCUGUGUGCGCGAGAUUCAAAAAGACUACGCAAUCGGUGCCUGCCCGGCGGUGGCAGCGCUGCUCAACGAGGAUCCAGAACGCGCAGCCAACAACUCCACGAUCGCCUUUGUGAAGCGGCUCAUGCAGAUGGACUGCAAGAGCGCACACGAGUGGCUGCGUCUGGUCGACGUGUGGCGCGGUCGAGUGUACAACAUACUGGACAAAAACCACGUGCUUCUCUUUGAACACAAUACCUUUGAAGAAAGUGCGGAGUAUCGUAUUGAGCAUCUUCCCGCACCCAUUCCAGGUAUUCGCCCCUCAGACCAGGCGGUGUUUCAGGUGCAUCACUUCACCAUGGUGCGCCAGCGCCGCGACGCUAUUGAGACACAUAGUGAACCUUUCAGUAUGUAUGUCAACUUCAACGAAACGUCGAAUCAGCUGCUACGCCGUAUCGCCGUGAAGCUGGAGAUGAUCUACGCCGCGGUGCAGGAUUGGAAGGUGUGUCUAGUGAAGGAGAGCCGGGUGAAAGUGAUUGCACCGGAUGCUCUGAUGGGGACCCACAUUACCAACUUCUGUCCCCUAGAGUGCUACCAACCGAACCAAAUCGAGCCGUCGAAGGCAGCUUUCAUUGGGCUGGAGCACGCUCCGCUCUCAAAGCGAACAGGCAAACGCGAAGACAAGGUGCUGAUCCUCAACUGA